AUGAGUAAAUUAUUACGCAGAAACACUAUACUUCGAUUACUUAGUCGAAAGAAGCAAACCUAUACUGUUUGUCUUCCUGCUGAUUGCCUAUAUGACAUUUUUAAUCUUCUUAAAGAUGAUAUCAAGUCACUUCAUUCUUGUAUUUUGGUUAAUAGACUUUGGUGUGAAACUGCUGUCCCUUAUUUAUGGGCUCACCCUUUUACACAAUCAACUCCUCCUCCCGCUUCCCUUAUAAAUAUAUUUAUCGCUAAUCUUUCCGAUGCUGAUAGAAAUGAACUUAUUACUAGAGGUAUUAGAAUACCUUCUCAAUAUAGAAAAUCUCCUACUUUUAAUUAUGCUUCUUUCAUUCCACAUCUUAGUAUGGAAAUACUUUAUACUACUGUUCAUUGUUGGACACAACAACAAAUGUCAAAACGACGUUCCUCGUCUUAUAUCAAUACCGUCGAAGUUAACGAAUUAGCUCUCUUGGUAUAUUGUUCUUUAUGUCGAUUGUUCUUUGGAAAAAGAUCAAAUAUUCAAUCCCUCAAUUUGGACAGACCAAGUAAACAUAUAGGUCCUACGAUGCCAAAUAAUUUGGGUGUUGAUCUUUGUCUUAGUAACAUAAAAAAUUUAUCCAUUCGUUAUACUUCGGAUACUUUUAUAUUUGGUGCUCUUCAUAAACAAGCCGAAAAUGUUGAAAAUUUAUCCAUUAUAAAAUCAUCUGAUCCCAGUCUUCGAAAUUUUGAUGAUUCAAAUUAUUUAUCCUCCUUAAUAUUCUCUCAACACAGAUUACGUAGUUUCUCUCUCUCAUGUUAUGACACCGUUAAUGGAUUUUCUUCAAAUAUUUUUAUUCCUCUCGCUAGUCAAGCUGAUACUUUAACUUCCUUAAAACUUUAUGGUAUUCCUUUCCCUAGUGAUGCUUCAAUUAUUGCUUUAACUACUUGUUUAAUGAUUGAAGAGUUAGAAAUUAAAAGAUGUACGAAAGGUACUGGAUGUUUACUUGAAUCAAUCUCAAGAGCUGAAUUACCUUAUUUACGAAAAGUUCGAGUUAUUGAAUCAUCAACUCUUUGGGGUCACUUUAUUUCUACGGUAAUUCAAAAGAAUCCUUUAAAUCUUGAAGAAGUAUUUUAUCAACCUUGGGAAGAUGAAGAAAAUAAUGAAUUAUCUACAUCAAUUAUUAAAAGUAUUGCUCAUUGGUCUCCUAAAUUAAAAACAUUUGGAGUAGUGCUUAGUGCAGAUGAAGUUCCUUAUUUAAUAAAAAUUCUUUCAGCACCUGGUUGUAGAAUUGAAAAACUCAGUUUAUUCUCUAUGGGUUCGCCUGAAGGAGAUUUAGAAAAACUUUGGCCGGAAGUAGGAAAACAUAUUCCUGUUACUCUUAAACAUCUCAAUAUAUGGAUUUUUAUUGGUGCCAAAGCAAUGCAUUUCUUUUUAAAGAAUAUCAAAGCUCAAUUAGAAUCUUUGUAUAUUGAUGCUUGGGUUGAAGAUUUCCUUUAUUCCCCUUAUAGUGAUGUACUUGGUGAAUAUCUUCAAGAACGAUUUUUGGAUAUGGCGGAUUUCUUCCAUCCAGAAAUCUAA